AUGCCUGAAGUUUACGCUGCACCACAAGAAUACGCCUUUCCUCGGAAUUUCAAAGGAUAUGGUGAAAAAGGACUUGAGGGGUUAAAAUGGCCAAACGACGCGAAGAUAGCCGUGUCUUUUGUCAUCAACUAUGAAGAGGGUGGCGAGCGUUCAGUGAUGAAAGGAGACGGCAUGUCUGAAAUCAACCUCCGCGAAUAUCCCGCACAACCAAGGAUCAACGAGCGCGACUACAGCGGCGAAUCUGAAUUCGAAUAUGGCUCACGCAGCGGCUGGUGGCGCAUGUUCAAGCUCUUCAACGACUACAACAUGAAAUUCACCCUCUACGCCGUCGGCUCCGCCGUCGAAGAGCAGCCAGAAGCCGUCACGCGCUCUGUCGAAGAAGGCCACGACAUCGCAUCGCACGCCUACCGCUGGAUCGACCACUCCAACCUCUCCGUCGAAGCCGAAAAGCAGCACAUUAGAGACGGCAUCACCGCGCUGAAGAAACUCGCGGGCUACGCCCCCAAAGGCUGGUACUACGGCCGGCCUUCCCCCCAAAGCCGCGCUUUGAUCCCCCUUGUUUACGAAGAAAUGGGCGAGGAACUCCUCUGGGCCAGCGAUACUUACGCCGACGAUCUCCCUUACUGGACCGAUCUCCCGCACGAACGCAACAGCCCCAAUCCAAAGGGCUGUCUCAUGGUUCCUUACAGCUACGAUUGCAACGACUUCAAAUUCCACACCCAGGGCACGGGAUUCCGCAGCCCAGGUGCCUUUUACGAGCACCUCCAGAACGCGUUCGAUGUUUUGUAUGAAGAGGGUGCGGCGGGCAAACCAAAGAUGAUGACGAUUGGGCUGCAUUGCAGGAUCAUCGGAAGGCCGGGACGGUUUAAGGCGUUGCAGGAUUUUGUAAAGUAUAUUUCGGAGAAGGAGGGGGUUUGGGUUGCUACGCGGACGCAGAUUGCGGAGGCGUUUAGGGAGCAGUUUCCCUAUAAGAAGGGGGAGCUUGCAUAG